AUGGCACCUUAUUAUAGUUCUGCCCCCACUACCAUAUCCAUAUGACCAUUUAAAUACCAUCAAUCUCAUCGUCUUCACAACAAUCUCUCAUACACAAAAUCCUCUUCUCCUUCUUCUUCUUGUUCUGUUUCUCUCAAUUUCUCUGUACUUCAAAACCAAUUACCAUGGUUGUUCUAUCGCAACCAGCAGUACUAGACCCGCUGUCUCUAAUCAAAACAUGCAAACCCACAAGUGUUUUCACUGGAAUUCCAGAGAUAGACCUCACAGACCCUGAAGCCAAGACUCUAUUGGUCAAGGCCUGUGAAGAGUUUGGAUUCUUCAAGCUUGUCAAUCAUGGUGUCCCUUUAAAUUUCAUGACCAGGUUGGAAGAACAGGCCUUGAAUUUCUUUACUCUCUCUCAGUCUGAGAAAGACAAGGUUGGACCUCCUGAUCCUUUCGGCUAUGGCAGCAAGACAAUUGGUCCUAAUGGCGAUGUUGGUUGGAUUGAAUAUCUCCUCCUCAACACCAACCCCCAAAUCAAUUCCCACAAAACUCUCGCCAUUUUCCGCGCAAACCCAGAAAUUUUCCGCUCAGCGGUUGAAGACUACAUAUCGGCGAUGAAAAGCGUGGGGUGUGAAGUGUUGGAAUUGAUCGCAGAUGGGUUGGGGAUUGAGCCAAGGAAUGUGUUGAGCAGGCUAUUGAAGGACGAGAAGAGUGACUCGUAUUUCAGGCUAAACCAUUAUCCACCAUGUCCAGAACUGCAAGCAUUGAGUGGUCGUAAUUUGGUUGGGUUCGGGGAGCACACAGACCCUCAAAUUAUCUCUGUAUUGAGAUCCAACACCACAUCAGGCCUGCAAAUCUGUCUCAAAGAUGGGUCUUGGGUUGCAGUCCCAUCUGAUCCCUAUUCCUUGUUCAUCAUUGUUGGUGACUCCCUCCAGGUGAUGACUAAUGGAAGGCUAAGGAGUGUGAAGCACAGAGUUUUGGCGGACACAAAGAGAUCAAGGAUUUCAAUGAUAUACUUUGGAGGUCCACCUUUAAGUGAAAAGAUAGCACCAUUAGCAUCACUAAUGGAAGAAGGAGAAGAGAGUUUAUACAAGGAAUUCUCAUGGUCUGAAUACAAGAAGUCUGCUUACAAGUCAAGGUUGGCCGAUUACAGGCUCGGACUAUUUGAGAAACCCACCUCCAUAAUCCAAUGAAAAAUCCCAGAAUUCCCCCCUAUUAUAGCAUAUAUAUAUAUAUAAAUAAGGGUUUAGAGUCAAAGGUGAAAAUAGAGGUUGGAAAAUGUUGACUUGCAACUUGCCAUAUGUGUACAUAUGAAAAGUUAAUAUAUGUGAAAUCAGGCAAGGGACCUAUUUUAUGGUUGGAUUUCCAAUAAUUGUUGACUAGUCUUUGAUUGUAUAAUUAGAAAAAUGUCACUAUCAAAUCAGACCAUGAAUGGCAAUAUUUGUUUCAACACUGAAAGAGAAUGGGAGUUGGAAGUGACAGCUUUUCUAGUAUCUAGGGAACAGAGCAUAAAUAAGGAGGACAUAUGAUCCUUGGAAUGAAGAUU